AUGGCUAUCGGGGAUGCGAAGCCAGAAGUCUCGCAUAGUGAGUACACCGCCGAUGAGCGUGGUAUCAAGGAAAAAGGAGACUAUUCCGGUGCCCAAAAGAAGACCAACCCAGUUGAGAUCAGACUCGUUCGAAAGCUCGACAUGUGGAUUAUGCCCACACUCUGGUUGAUGUACUGGCUGAACUAUCUUGACCGGAAUGCCAUUGCAUUGGCUCGAUUGAACGAUCUGGAAGAGGAUCUCAAUCUAUCCUCCUCGCAGUAUCAAACCUGCGUUUCGAUUCUGUUUGUUGGGUAUCUUCUCGGGCAGGUUCCUAGCAACAUGAUAAUAACCCGUGUGAGGCCAUCGUAUUAUAUGGCUGGAUGCAUGGCUCUAUGGGCGAUUGUCAGUGCGUUGACUGCGCUUGCAAAGAAUUUCACUGGGCUACUCCUGGUUCGCUUCUUCCUGGGAGUCACGGAAACGCCCUAUUAUCCUGGCGCCCUGUAUAUGCUCUCUAUUUUCUAUACCCGAAAGGAAAUUGCCACUCGGAUUUCUGUCCUGUACACGGGCAACAUCCUUGCGACUGCAUUUGCGGGUCUCAUAGCUGCCGGAAUCUUCCAUGGGAUGGAUAAUUUGGCUGGUAUCAGUGGCUGGCAGUGGCUUUUUAUUCUCCAGGGAGCCGUCACUUUCCUGGUCGCGAUAGGAGCAGUGUUCACCCUGCCGGAUGACCCUCGCGAGACACGGUGGCUUACCCCUGAGGAGCGACAAUUAGCUCACGAACGCAUUGUUGCAGAUACUGUCGAUGCGCGCCAUGAGACAAGCACAUUCAGUGGACUAAAAGAAGCCGCUCGAGACCCUAAGCUCUGGCUCUUUGCCUUCAUGCAACACAUGCACCUCGCUGCGAAUGGAUUCAAGAAUUUCUUCCCCACAGCUGUCGAGACACUCGGUUUCAACACGACCAUCACCCUUGUGCUCACAUGUCCACCUUAUCUUAUUGCUGGUAUAAUAUCCGUCUUUUGGUCGUGGAGUUCAGGAAAGUAUAACGAACGGACCUGGCACAUUACCAGUGCGAAAGCCGUGGCGAUUGUUGGAUUCGUCCUUGGAUGUGCCACGCUGAACACAGGAGCGAGGUAUUUUGCUAUGGUCAUCUUUUCUAUCGGGACGUAUGCAGUAAAUAGCAUAGUUCUGGGAUGGGUUUCCAGUACCUGUGGUCAAACCAGGGAGAAGAAGGCAGCUUCCCUAGCGAUCGUUAACACAAUUGCCAAUGUUUCAUUUGUUUGGACUCCGGUGGGUACCUCGAUUCAUCAAUAA